AUGCGUUUCCACAUCCGAAGCCUUUUGCUUGCCGCGUGUGCGUCUGGCAUCUGUCGAGGAGCAGAAUCGGCUUCUCCUUCUUUGCCGCCGUCGCCCUCGCCCUCGCCCUCGCCCUCGCCCUCGCCUACGUCAUCACCAUCGUCCGCCACGACGCCAGCGCUGCCGCCGACUUCUCCAUCAUCUGAUGCUGACCUGCCUCGCUACCUGGCCCGGGUGCCUUCCUGCGGAGCAAAAUGCGUCGCAACAUCCCUUUCGGCGCCGAAUUGCUCAGACGCAUCGUGCCUCUGCUCAGAAGAUUCGACCGCGCAAGGCCUCGCGGCAUGCGUUCAGGCAGCCUGCACUUUUUCCGACCAGUUGGUCAUCAAGAAUCUGACAAAAGUGAGCUGCGGCUACCAACCCAGAGAUCGGGCAGCUCGUUACGACAGCACAAGCAUUAGCCUGUGCGCGAUCACUGCGAGCCUCAUCAUUCUGCGCCUCGGGUUCAAGCUCUUCUUUAGCGUGAACCGGGGCCUCAAGCCUGACGACUGGAUGAUAUGCGCGUCCCUUCUGGCUGGCGUUCCUUGCACGGUCCUCAACACCGUGGGACUUACCCACUACGGCCUGGGCAAGGAUAUCUGGACUCUGGAUUCGGCGACCAUCGUGACGUUUUCCUUUUACUUCUUCAUCCAGCAGACCAUCUACAUUUUCCUGAGCGCCUCCAUCAAGCUCAGCCUGCUGCUCUUUUACCUCAGCAUAUUCCCUGGCCAGGCGGUGCGACGUAUGCUGUGGAGCACAGUAGUCGCCGCGGUCGGCUUUGGUCUCGUCUUCGAGGUGGCCACAAUCUUCCAGUGCUCGCCGGUGAACUUCUACUGGUCGCGGUACGACCAAGACAAGGCCGGGAAGUGCAUGAAUAUCAACAUGCUGGGAUGGGCCAACGCAGCCAUGAGCGUGGGCCUGGACAUAUGGAUGAUAGGCAUCCCCUUGGCGCAGAUUAGCAAGCUGGGGCUGCACUGGAAGAAGAAGGUUGGCGUUGGCAUAAUGUUUAUGACUGGCACUUUCGUGACCGUCGUGUCCAUCAUGCGACUCCACUCGCUCAUGUACUUUUACAGCGCAGGCAACCCGACCUGGGACCUUUGGGAAACGGCCUGGUGGUCGACGAUUGAAAUCAACGUCGGCCUCAUGUGCGCCUGCCUGCCGACCAUGCGGCUCAUCCUCGUGCGCUUGUGGCCCCGGACGUUUGGCAGCUCGUCCCACAGCAGCGAGGCGAGAUCCAAGCCACGCCGGCACAGCAGCCUGGCGAUGCGGCGACUCCGAGCACGCGAUGCCGCCAGCGAGCUGGAGCUUGCGGACGCGAGGUCGAACCACACGCAGGAGACGGAGCACGCCCUCGACGGGGACAAGCUGCGGACAAGCAGCAGGGGUGACUAG